ACGUGUUUCCCCCGGACAACUGUGAGCAAACACCGCGGGCUCUUUGAUUUGGUUGUUUUUUGUUUUCCUUUACCCUGUUUUGGUUUCUUAGAACUAUCAUUAAAUAUGCAUGUACACAAACGUAUUUUAAAUGGCUGAAAGGACAAAUUUAAUAUUACUCUUUUAAAUGGUUUGCGAUGGUGUUAUGCAAAUAACUUGAUUCUGAAUUAUGUCAGCUCAACUGGCUAGAAUCACGAGAGAAAUGCCAGUAACUUCUAAAUUCAGUAACAUGAGUUUGUUUAUGCCGAGCAACGAGAGGUAGCAACACAACAGCUAACGUUACCAUAACAAAAUAUUUGAUUUAACUUUUUAAUUUUUAUUCGACCUCAGCAUUGUAUUAGUUUACAGCCAUUUAAUUGUUUUAAUGUGAUGACUACUUCAACGACAAGUAAGAUCUAUUUGGGACAGCAUCGGAUUGUAAAGACAAAAGGCUUAGUUCUUGCAGAUGAGAAACCAUCGAAUAGACAAUCAAGUCACCUGCAGGCAUGUUCCUCUGCAACAGAUAUAUGUGAGAAGAGAAGAUGUAAUGAGCCAACUAAUAAGCAAUGGAUGCCAGGAGACUCCACUCUGGCUAUGGAUGAGGAUAUUUUACAAGCCAUUGAUGAACUGGGUCCAGAAGUCUUGAAAUUCAAGAAAGAUGAAAAUAUUCAACAUACAACUGAAUCGGUAUCACUUAAGAAAAACUCUGACUUGCCACAAAAUAUAUGUGAGCAGCAAGUACAAAAUGCAGAAAAUAUCAGCCCUUCAAGUCCAGGGUCAGUGUGGUCACCAUCAGAGCGCAAAAGAACCAGAACACAAGCCAAAAAAGAGAAUGAUUGGAGGGAUUUGGCUCAAAAGCUUUUGUUCAGUGAAACCAAAAAGACUGAAGCAAGAGCCCGUGGCCGUGAGUUGAAAUGUGACAGGGAAUAUUAUUCACCUCAAAAGAUCCUGAACUCCAUGAAAAAAACAUCUAAAGUAGCAAAUGACAAGCAAAAUUUAAAGUUCAGAAGAGAUGCCAGCCCAAAUGACUCUGUCAGUAGUACCUCCAAGGAUUACAUUUUGUUCAGUCCGACACAUAUGGCUUCUGCUAAAGAGCGAUCCAUGUUGCAGAAGAGAUCAAUGAAAAACCUUUCGGUCUCUGUGCUGACCCCUCCUCCUGGACUGGAUCUUAGUGUCCUCGGUGAUGCUACACUCCCAGAUGCAGCAGAAAGCAUCCAUAUGGGACGUCCUGCCAAUCAGUCAGACAAGCUUAUGCUCUCCAGUUGGGGUCUCCCUAAGCCUGUUCUGGAAAAGUACCAGAGUCUCGGCGUUCAGAGGAUGUUUGAGUGGCAGGCUGAGUGUCUGACCUUGGGCAAAGUCUUGGAGGGCCAGAACCUGGUGUAUUCUGCUCCAACCAGUGCAGGGAAAACUUUGGUUUCUGAGUUGUUAAUCUUGAAGAGAGUUUUGGAAACAAGACAGAAGGCCAUGUUCAUUCUUCCUUUCGUGUCUGUGGCGCGAGAGAAGAUGUUUUAUCUACAGAAUGUAUUUCAGGAGGCAGGGGUCAGAGUGGAGGGGUAUAUGGGUAACACUUCAGCAGCUGGUGGGUUUUCAUCUCUGGAUGUUGCUAUUUGCACAAUAGAGAAAGCUAAUGGACUCAUCAACAGGCUCAUUGAAGAAGACAAAUUGGAUCUACUUGGAAUUGUUGUGGUCGAUGAGCUGCACAUGCUUGGGGACUCUGGUCGUGGAUAUCUGUUAGAACUUUUGCUGACAAAAAUCCAAUACAUUGCCCAAAAAAACUCAGCAAGGGACUCUGGUCAAAGUACUUCUCCUGGUGUCCAAAUUAUUGGUAUGAGUGCCACGCUGCCAAACUUGGACCUUCUUGCCCGCUGGUUGAAUGCUGAGCUGUAUAGUACUAACUAUCGUCCUGUGCCAUUGAUGGAGUGGGUCAAGAUCGGCUCAAAUGUCUAUGACGGAUCUCUGAACCUGGUCAGACAGUUCACCCCAGCUCUUCCAGUUAAGGGAGAUGAUGACCACAUUGUCAGCCUCUGCUUUGAGACAGUGCGGGACGGACACUCUGCACUGCUGUUCUGCCCUUCAAAAAACUGGUGUGAGAAAUUAGCAGAUACCAUUGGAAGAGAGUUUUACAAUCUUCAUCACAAAGAAAUGCAGUCAGGGUCUGGAGUGCAAAGUAUAUGUCUGAAGCAGGAAGGUCUCCAGGAUGUAGUAGCGCAACUCAAGCGCACUCCUGCAGGCUUAGACCAGGUCCUUCAGCGGACUGUUCCCUGGGGGGUGGCCUUCCACCAUGCAGGUUUGACGUUCGAUGAGCGGGAUAUUCUAGAAGGAGCUUUUCGUCAGGGCUACAUUAGGGUGUUAGCGGCCACCUCCACAUUGUCGUCUGGUGUGAAUCUGCCCGCUCGACGUGUGAUUAUCAGAACUCCUGUUUUCAAUGGUCAUUUGCUGGACAUCCUGACCUAUAAGCAGAUGGUGGGACGGGCAGGCCGUAAAGGAGUGGACACCAUGGGUGAGAGUGUGUUGGUCUGUAAAGAGGCUGAACGUGCAAAGGGGACGAGCCUUAUCCAGGGCUCUCUCAGGCCUAUCAGCAGCUGCCUGGUGAAGCAAGAGGGAGAGGGCAUCACUACCAGCAUGCUCAGGGCCAUCCUGGAGAUCAUAGUUGGAGGAGUUGCCAGCUCACCACAGGAUGUGAGGAUGUAUGCUUCCUGCACUCUGCUGGCAACCAGCAUGGCAACCGAACAGCCACAUCAGGAAGGAGCUGAAUCAGAAACUCGAAGCAAAGGGGCUAUUGAGGCCUGCAUAGAGUGGCUGAUGGACAAUGAGUUCAUACAUAUACAGAAGGAGGGAGAUGUGGAGAGGUACUGCCCCACACAUCUGGGUUCUGCGACUCUGUCCUCAUCUUUAUCACCCCCAGAAGCCCUGGGGAUUUUUGCAGAUCUUCAGAGAGCUAUGAAAGGAUUUGUGUUGGAAAAUGAUCUCCAUAUACUCUACCAGAUAACACCUGUGUAUGUGGACUGGACGACAAUAGACUGGUACCAGUUCUUCUGUUUGUGGGAGCAACUACCUUCUACAAUGAAGCGGGUGGCUGAGAUGGUGGGCAUUCAAGAAGGUUUUCUGGCCCGUUCUGUUAGUGGCAAAUUAAUUGCUAAAACAGAGAAGCAACGAAGACAGAUGGCCAUUCACAAACGUUUUUUCACAACAUUAGUUCUCCUUGACCUGGUAAGCGAAGAACCACUUGGAGCUGUUGCAAAGAAGUAUGGCUGUAGCCGAGGACAGCUUCAGUCACUUCAGCAGUCUGCCUCAACAUAUUCAGGUAUGGUUACGAUCUUCUGUAACCGACUCGGAUGGCACAACCUAGAGCUGCUUCUGUCCCAGUUCCAGAGUCGUCUGAGUUUUGGAGUCCAGAGGGAGUUGUGUGAUCUGGUUCGUAUCUCUUUACUAAACGCCUCGAGGGCACGUACACUCUACAGCUCUGGACUUGUCACUGUGGCAGAGUUGGCCAGAGCUGAUGUUACAGAGGUGGAGAAGGCUCUCAGAAAAGCUAUCCCUUUCAAAAGCUCCAGGCAGGCGGUGGAUGAGAGCGAGGUGGAGGCUCAAGAACGCAAGAACAUGCGCUGCAUCUGGGUCAGUGGGAAAAAGGCCUUGACUGAAAGGGAAGCUGCUCAGCAGAUCGUGGCUGAGGCCCGUCUGCUCCUCCAGCAGGAUUUGGCUCUUCUUGGGGUGGAAUGGAACCCAGCUUCCCUCUCAACAAAGAUCCAGCCAGAUUCCCGUUCCCCUGAGGAAUCAUCCAACACAAAACCUCUACAGUCCAUGUCAAGAGACCCAGAACAUGUAGAAAAUGUCAAUCCGAAUGGGGCCGAACAGAUGGCGGUGGAUAAAAGUGCUGACAUUAGUUCCCAUCCUCCUUUGAGGCCAUUAGAGUUCACUACCAGUUCAGGAAAAACAAUGGAUAUUGGUGUAUCAUCUGCCGAGUGUCAGCCUGCUAAGAAUUGUGAACAGCAAUCAAGUGUACUGCAUAAAGUUCUCAAAUCAAUAAAUGCCAAAGAUAAGGGCUGUCAGAAUAACCAGACAGCUGAGUCAUCGGAUUGUUCUUCAAAAUUACUUCAAAGGAGCUCCGGACAUAAUUCCUGUCUAAAAAGUACCUGCAUUUCUGGCAGUGACGAACAUUGUGUAAGUCCAGUUUUGAAACGCAGAAAGAUGAAUGUUACAGAUGCUGAAGCAGUACCCACGGUCAAUGGAGCAAAAACGGCAACUCAGAUCGCAAAAAACCCUAAACUAAUGUCAAAAGCUGAAGAGCUUUGCUCUUAUAAACCUGAAACUGACUGUAGAAUAGACAAAGACAAGAUGAAACUCCAGUCUUCAAUUGCUGAACUGAACCAAGACUUUGAGUCAAAAACACUACAGGAUGGGGAAGCCACAAAUGUCAAUGUAUUCCCCUCAGGUAGGGGAAAGAAGUGCACAUCUAAAACAAAACAUUUAAAUCAGAGUACACUAGAGGUUUACCAUGAAACUCAAAAUGAAAAGCGAGAAACGCUUACUCACAGUUUCAGGAAAUUCAACAGCAGAAUUGAGAAUGAAGGUGGCUCACAUGUGAACUCCAAAGUUAAAAAUGAUUUAGCCUGUCAUUCUGAAAAGCUCAGCUCCCCUGACUUGUACACAAAUGGAUUGGAAGAGUUUGGUGAUAGUUUUCAACUCGAUACUCAGACUGAGAAAAUGCUUCAAGGGGAUGAUUUUUCACAUGGCAAUUGUAAUUUAAACAUUCUCAAAGAAAAUAAACAGGACAAUUAUGUUGUUUCAGCAAAUAAGAUGAAAGUUGUCAGUCAGUCAUCUUUCCUUGAAAAUGAGAAUCAUGCAUCUAAAAACCAAAACAAAGACCCAGUUGAAUGUUUAUCAUCUAAUGAGAAUGGCCCGCCCACUGUAGGCAAACCAAAAUAUAACAUCUCACUAACUGACAGCCAGUUGGAGAAUAUUUUAAAUUACAGUAACCAAGUUGCUGAAGAAGAAUCAAAUGUAAAUAAACCCGCUGAGCAAGGGGAAAAUCAUGAGUCCUCUGAUCAUAUUACUGACAAUAGCUUCAACCGGAGCAGCAGCUUUCUGUUUGACAGUCUCUAUGACAACUCCAUCUUGGACGCCAUGGAGGAGGCAGCAAUGGAUCGAGAAAACAAGGAAGAGCAGGUGAUUGAAGCACAUUUAAAUUCACAUGGCUCUUCUCCAGAACUCAUUCCGGAGAGGAGAGAUGUUGUGUCAACAGAGGAUCAGGAAGCAAUCCAAUGGGGCGAAUCAUCUUUCAACCUUUCUGAAUGGGGAGAUUCACUACUUAUUGGAGAGCAGUAUCUUGAUAAAAUGAACAAUGUUGUCAAGGCUUGUGAUGGCCCAAGAUUGGGUGCAGAGAAGCCUAGCUAUACAGAUGACAUUGUGUCUGAACUAUAUGUAUCACAAAACAAUGAGCCUCAUCCAAAAGUUUCAUCUGAAAGACGUCAAUUAAACCGCUCAUCAUUUCACAUCAGCCCAGGAAUGCAGGACAUUUUUGAUCAAUGGUCUGAUCAGUUUUCAACCUUAUCUGAGCCUCUAGGGCAGUCAAAUUUAACUGUGGUGAAACCAAAUGCAGCUGCUGCUCUUGUCGAAAAAGCUUUUUCCCUAAUAACAAACCAUGAGAUUGAGCAGAGAGGUCUAAGAAGCGUAAGAACUGAAGAUGUUGUGGUAGUCCAGGCCAAACCACUGACACCGAAUGACCCUGUUCCUCCCACACCAGUUUCUGAACCAGUAACACCACGGGUCAAAAUGACCACCUCAGCUGUACAAUCACCUCUUAAUGUCACCAAGAACAGGUCCGGACUGGAUACAAAUUCUAAGUCCAAUACCCAGAAAGAUAAUCAAUCUUGUUUGAGGAGAAACUCAGCAUCAGAGUUAGACACGUGUCAGGCUGAUGAGGGCUUUACAAGACUUUCUCAGUGUCCACCAUUUCCUGCUUCUAACUCCUGCAGUCCAGAAACAUUUUCCAUAAUCGAUGUGGCAAGCGAUAAAAGGCUUUUCCAAACAUUUGUAGAGGAGUGGAAAACAAAGGACAGAUUUUCUCUUGCUGUUGCCUGUGAGAAGAUAGACAGAACCUCAAUGCAACCUGAGACAGUUAUAGGUGGAAAAUUCAAAAAACCUACUACCCCAAUGAGGAACAAAAGAAAAGAUGGCUUCCUUCUGAAAGGACAUGAGGAUCUUGUUGUCAUUGGCAUGUCUGUAUGCUGGGGCGCAAAAGAUGCUUAUUUUGUAUCUCUACAACAGGAGCUGUCAGGCACAGAUAUAAGUGCCAGUUUAGCUCCACCGCCUCUUGAUGAGACUCUUACAGUUGAGGAGCGGCUGAAGCAAAUUCAUUGCUGCUUGGAAAAAGAAUCGAGUGUGAUGGUCACUUAUGACUUUAUUCAACAUUACAAGACACUUCUCCUGGCGUGUGAGCUUGCUAUGCGUGGCACAUUUGAAGACCCAAAGAUUGCAUGUUGGCUUCUGGAUUCAAGCUCCAAAGAGCGCACCCUCCACAACAUGGUGUCCAGCUUCACUACUGAGGAUCUCCCGAUGUUGGAAGCAAUUAGUCCCGGUCAGAGUGUGCAGAGUUUAGGGAUCUAUGGAGAUGCCAGUCACCCGGGACGUUAUAGAGCUGCUGUUGAGUCUGUUUUGGUCUUCAGGGUCAUGACACAACUCAACUGUCUUCUUGAAAAGGAUGGUUUCUUGGAUUCAUUCAAGAAAGUGGAGAUGCCCACCCAAUACUGCCUGGCAUUGUUGGAGCUGAAUGGAAUUGGGUUUAGUGUUGCUGAAUGUGAGGCUCAGAAACAUGUGAUGCAAGCCAAGCUAAGUGUUCUUGAAUCCCAAGCCUAUCAGCUUGCAGGACAUAGCUUCUCACUGACCAGUCCAGAGGAUGUUGCGGAGGUGUUGUUUCUUGAGUUGAAGCUUCCUCCCAAUGGAGAUUUAAAUGCUCCUAAGAAUAAGAAGACACUGGGCUACACUAGAAGACCGGGAGCCCGUAUCAAACUUUCUAAACAGUUCAGCACAACCAAGGAUGUUUUAGAAAAGCUCAAGCCAUUGCAUCAGUUGCCAGGUGUUAUUCUUGAGUGGAGGAGGAUCACGAAUGCUUUGACAAAAGUUGUUUUCCCCUUGCAAAGAGAGAAGAAUUGGCACCCACAUCUGAAGAUGGACAGAAUACAUCCAAUCUCACAGUCACACACUGCCACAGGUCGUGUGAGCUUCACUGAACCAAACAUUCAGAAUGUCCCCAAAGAUUUUGAAAUUCAGAUGCCAACACUUAUAGAAGAAAGUCAACCAUUACAGAAUAAUGGUGCAAGCAAGACAUGGGGGAAACGAUCAAAGAUAAACCAGCUAUUGGCACCCCUUUUAAAAGUAUCUGACAAAUCACCAGAUAAAGGGAUGCCAUUUUCUGUCAGCAUGAGGCAUGCUUUUGUUCCCUUCUCAGGAGGUCUGAUUCUGGCUGCUGACUACUCACAGUUGGAGCUUCGCAUCUUGGCUCACCUGUCCCGAGACAGACGGCUCCUCCAUGUGCUUAACAGUGGUGCAGAUGUGUUUAAAAGCAUAGCAGCUGAGUGGAAAAUGGUGGAGCCUGCUUCGGUUGAUGAUAAUAUGAGGCAACAGGCCAAACAGAUUUGUUAUGGAAUAAUCUAUGGCAUGGGAGCAAAGUCACUUGGAGAGCAAAUGGGCAUUGAGGAGAAUGAUGCUGCCUGUUACAUUGAGACAUUUAAAUCCAGAUACACCGGCAUACAGAACUUUCUCCGUGAAACUGUGCAGAAGUGUGGGAAAAAUGGUUACGUGAAGACAUUACUCGGAAGGAAGCGUUUCUUGCCUGGAAUAAAGGACUCAAACGUGUACAUAAAGUCUCACGCAGAGCGACAGGCAGUGAACACAACCGUGCAGGGCUCUGCCGCUGACAUUGUGAAAUUAGCAACCAUCAACAUCCAGCGCAGACUGGAAGCAGCGUUUCCUGGAGUGCCCACAUCACAUCGGCACCCUCUAGUUAAAACGGGUGGUCGACACAGAAAUCAGUUCAGACCGUCUCGAGGAGGCUAUUUUAUACUUCAGCUGCAUGAUGAACUUAUCUAUGAGGUUGCAGAGGAAGAUGUCAUUCAGGUUGCUCAGAUUAUGAAGAGAGAAAUGGAAUGUGUUGUAAAAUUAUAUGUAAAGCUUAGAGUAAAAGUCAAAGUGGGUCCAAGCUGGGGUAACCUUCAAGAUCUGGAUAUAUAAAACAAGUCAUCUACUGUUUAUGAUUGUUUUACAUUAAUGAAUUGUUAAAACACUAAAUGUACAGAUGUGUUUUUAUAUAUGCUGUAAAUAUUUUUAAUCUAAAAUAAAAUUCAACAGAGGCUAAUAAGAACUUGUGUAAAACUUGAAAUGCAAACGUUUUUGUACAUUUUUGUCCAAAACAUUAAAAAGAUCGAACAUAA